AUGCUCAUCGAGGAAGGUGAUGAGACAGCACUUGCCAUACAAGAGUUCGAGGAUCAGGUGAUCCACGUUUGUCAGGAUUCACCUGAACUGGCCAUGGCGUUCUCCACGUACCAGGAGGCACGACAGAAGCUUCGAGACAAGUUUCGCAGCCGAGGGUUUUGGUCCCUUCGUCAUGGAAAAGGGAAAGGCAAGAACAAGUCAAAGAAGGGCAAAGGCCCCAGAAAGUAUCAGAGUCUUGCAGAGCGCAUAGCAAGCUCUACCUGUCGCGCCUGUGGAGCAAGAGGCCACUGGAAGGAUGAGUGCCCGCUGAAGGACAAGAAUGUGACUGCAGAUGCGAACGUGAUCCUCACGGAAGAGCUCUCAGGGGGUGGUGAACUUCUUGAUGAACUUCCUGGCCAUGAUCUUGCCAAUUGGCAGAACCAGAUCGGCUUCAAAGUCAGUCCGCUCUUUCUCAAGCUGACAGCCAUGACUCUUCCAAGUGCCUCGGGAACGCCAUUUCCGGGACUCCAGACAGAGAUGCUAGAUGCGAUGCUGUCCGGAGAAGUGGAUGCCUCUCUGGCCUUCGAAGAUCGACAACUACCAGAGAUCAAAAGUCGUCGCCCUCCAGGUGUGAUGACCUUGAAGGAGUGGGGUCAGUUGAAGUUCCCGGAAGGGAAGUGGCGGCACAAGUCCUUCUUUCAGGCAUACCAGGAGGACCCAAAGUACGGCAAGUUCAUGAAGGAGCACAGGAAACUGGUGUCAGCUUGGGCACUGAGUUUUCAGGCUUACGUGGAAGCCAUGGACAGGAUGCAGGAAGAUUGCUCGAAGGCCUUCUACCAGGAGUAUGCCAGACAGUGGGCCAAAGCCGAGAUGUCCAAGACGUAUCCGAAGGCAGAGAUCGAGAAGAGUCAAGGACCAGAGUGGGAGCUGUUGACAGGAGGGGUGACAUCGCGUCCGAUGAGCACGAUGUCAUCACCAAGUCAGAAGCGCCCCAUGGAAGAAGAGCAGUCGCAGAUGGCGAUCGAGGUGCAGCAGAAAGAGGAGAUGAUCACUCGCAUGGCGAUCUUGCAGCGCGAGAUGGACAAGAUCAAGGCCGACUUGGAGGGUCAAGCUGCGCUUUGGAAAGUUUUGGAGGAAGAGCGACCGAGAGAAGUCUGGAUGGCACCAGAAUGCAAAUAUUGGGGCAACUUCAGUCGCAGAAACAUGGGCAGGUAUCACUGCAAACAGACACCAGCAGGUGACCACGGAUGUGCAGCCGGUGAAUAUUGGGAUGGCAUUUUUAAGAAAAUUGAAACCAUGGUUCCACGGGUAGGCAAACGUGUUUUGGAUGAUGAUGGGGUUUUAGCUCAGAUUCAGAAGGGGGCCCCAAACUUGAAGGUUCAGAGGGUUGAAGCCUGUAGGGGAACUGAGAGGUUGCGCCUUCCUGGAGCUGAUGCGGACCCAGAAACCAUCCCGUUGAGAUUGACCGUGGUCAAAGACCGCAUCACGGGUCAGUCAAUGGUACUUGGCCCAGCUGAGGAAUGGGCUGCUCUGCCAAAAAGGCAGCAAAUUCGAAAGGGUCAAUCUGCAAAGAUGAGCCUCACCAUUUUUGGAAGUUUUCCAAAGUCAGGGGAGCUUGAGACAAUGGGGUCUGAUAAGGAAGCAGGCAUGCGGAACCUCAUUUGGUUCAAGGAGCUCUGGAUUAUCAGUGCGACAGUUGUGCGGAAACAAAAGCUGGUCCAGAGGGGUGCCAAUCUACGUAGAGAUCGUGGUCGCUGGUAUGGGCCAGCGAGUGUUGUUGCAGUCGAAGGGUCCAAGAAUGUUUGGUUGAAUCAUGCUGGAAAGCUAGUGCGCACGAGCCCUGAGCAACUUCGUGCAGCCAGUUUUCGGGAGUGGAAGCAGGCCAAAGAGUUGCUCACAGAGUCUGGCCCAGGGAACUCAGAUUUACAGAGAGCCCUCAAUGAUGGCAGUUUCAUUGAUGUAGAUGGGGAGGAUUUUCCUGACUGGGAAGCUGAAACAGAGGGAUAUGACCCAUCAAUUGGGGAGCCCGAAGGAGAGUUGUCAGUUCAGCCACCUGGGACACCUAAUGGGGAGUUGAGCAAUCAGUCUGAACCGCCUCAAGGAGUGGAACAGUCAGAGAAUGAACUCCCUGAUUACGUGCGUGUGCCGGUUCCAGAAAGUGUCAGUGAGUCCGAUGGUGAUGCCUCACAGGCGGGCGUCAAUCUUGAACCAACGGAUGACCUUCUGUUUGGAGAUGACAUCACCAUGUCUGCAGAUGAUAGGUGUUGCCAGUUCUGGGAGAUUGAAAUUCCUGUUGAAAACCAUGAAGAGCAUGCACUGUUUUGCGCUGGAUCAGCAGAUGAAAGUGUGUUGUUGGUGACUGGAGCAAAGAAGAAACGAGUUGAAGUCCGUUUGAGUGAUUUAAGCAGUGCUGACCAACAGCGCAUGGCGGUGGCCAAGCACAAAGAAAUAGGCGCCUGGCUCAAACAUGGAACUGUGAGAAAAGCAUCCAAAGGAAAAAAUCCUGAGGAAGCAAUCAUGCGCUGCCGAUGGCUGCUCACCUGGAAAUCAGCCUCACCUGAGGAUCACCCCAAGGAUGUGAGUGAGGGUCGUAAGGCAAAGGCCCGGUUGAUUGUUGUUGGAUACGAGGAUCCUGGAGUUGGGGUGGUUCAAAAUGAUUCACCCACACUCACCAAAGAUGGAAGACAGAUGGUGGUGCAACAGGUGAGUAGUCAUGGUUGGGAACUAGUUUCCUUCGAUGUCUCAACUGCCUUUCUUCAAGGCGAAGGAGACGGCCGCUUGCUUGGUUUGUAUCCCACCCCAGAGUUAACAGAAGCCCUUGGGUUGGAACCUGGUGAUCAGUGUCAAUUGGUAGGAAAAGAGAAAUAUGCCCAUCAGGGAGGUUUGAUUUUUGUCACGACUCCAGAGUUGCUGGAGAACAAGAGAUCAGUGGUAGCACCAGUUGUUUACCAUUUGCACCUUGGCCGCAACUAUUGGUUCACCUCCAGCGGUGGGCAGCGGUGCGGAUUGAGCCAUUGGUGGGAAAAGCAGCAGAGGCGUUGCUGCUGGUGGCUGCUGUUGAAGCGAGGAAAUGUGCAAAAAUUGCAAGCCAUCAAGAAGACAGCUGCUUGGGCAUCGGAUUCCUUCGCACUGCUUCGAUGCGAUGGCACAGUUUCGACUUGGGGGGAGCCGACAGAAGGCGGCAAUAGCUCCUCUGCUCAAGACCGCCUUCAACACAUCGUGGACGUCGUUGGUUCCCAGAGUGCAUUUACAGCUUUGCGGAGUGAUGGCGAGAUUGUGACUUGGGGUCACAAAGACUUCGGCAGUGCCUUGGGUGGGCACAAGGAUUUUCUGAAAGACGUCACAGAGAUUGUCGCAUCCGGGCGCGCGUUUGCAGCAAUCCUCAAAGAUGGGACCGUGAUAUCUUGGGGAGACAAAAAAUAUGGUGGCGACUGCAGCGCAGUGAAGGACCGGCUGAAAGAUGUGAGGUCUCUGGCAGCCAGCUUCUCGGCAUUUGCAGCCAUCUGUGGAGGUGGUCAUGUGGUAUCCUGGGGCAAUGAAGCAUCUGGGGGAUCCUGUGAGAACGUCAAGGAUGAGCUGGUAAAUGUCCGACAACUCAGUGCCACUGACGCUGCCUUUGCAGCCCUCUUGGCUGAUGGGAAGGUUGUAACCUGGGGGGCCGAUGGAGACGGAGGCAAGUCGGAGAAUCUGGAGAAAGUUCAGGAGAUCUCUGGAACCUCUAAAGCCUUCGCCGCAAUCUUGACCGAUGGUACAGUGCGGACUUGGGGCGAUCCCUCCAAGGGUGGAGACUGCAGUUUGGUCCAGGAGAAGUUGAAACAUGUCCAACGUCUUUAUCCUUCUGGUCGUGGUUUCGCAGCUCUACUCUCAGAUGGCCACGUUGUGAGUUGGGGUGAAGUUUCAGAUACUCGCGGUGUAGAGGAUGAGCUGCUGGACAUUCGUUACAUCGCCUCCUCCUACGGCGCCUUUUUGGCGUUGCGUGGUGAUGGGACGGUCGUCAGCUGGGGCGACCAAAACUAUGGUGCCAACACGAAUCGCUUGAAGGGUGAGCUGAGCAAUGUGCAAAUCAUCUCUGGUGCCAGUGAAGGCUUCGCAGCCAUCCGAGCCGAUGGGAGAAUCAUUUGCUGGGAUCGUAUUGGACAAGUUGACUUGAAGGUCCAUGCGUAG